UGAAUGGCCCACCUUAUGUCUCGCUUUGACGCCAGCUUGACGCCUUUAGGGAGAACCCCUUUGCCCUAUAUAUGAAACAUAACUAAUUCUUUGAGUCUUUGACAUCCUCAUACUCUCCAUCAUCCUAGCUAACUACUCAUCAUCAUAUUCAUAACUUUCCCCCCUCUUUCUCUCUCUUUUUCCCUAUGGAGUGUCCUUGAGCACAUGUUUUAAGUCACCAACACACGUGUGAAUUUCCCACAUUUUGCACUCCUAUAUAGUACUCUCUUUCUUUCUAGAUAUAGCUUUAAUUUUGUGUACAUUUUUUUUGUAUUAAAGUUUCUGGGGUGCCUUGAUUGCCUCGUGCAAAGGGAAACAUACAUACAUACACCAUGUUGCAGGAUGUUUUUGAUCAGCCACUGCCACCAAAGGCCGAACCACAACAGCAACAUCCCAUUUGGCUGCAGGAUGAAAUUUCAAGCCCUCUUAGUGCUCGAAUUUUCGAACUUUGUAACACUGAUUUUUUCCCAGAGACUUUGCCAAAUUCUGAGGUUACUUCCAGCUCAAACUGUUGUUAUGAGGAGAACUCCUCAUAUGCCACAACAAAUAUAUCUGUAACUGUAGAUGUAGACAAUAAGUUGAAUAGCAAUAGCAACACAGUCACCACCCCAACUAGCACUACCACCACCAACACCAACAACAACACAACCAACAGUAGUAACCUGUCUAUUAUCUUUGACUCCCAAGAAGAAAUUGACAAUGACAUCUCUGCCUCCAUAGACUUCUCACUAUCUCCAUCUUUCAAUGUUCCCCCAUUUCUCCCAGCCACAUCCCAGCAAGAACAGUUUGAUUUCUCUUCUGUGCAGCAUCAGGUCCAACUAGCAGCAUGUUCAGUUGUGGAGGGCUUCUCUCAGUAUCCCAAUGACUCUGUUGCACCUCCUUUUAUGGGGGCUCCAUUACCUUCUGUUUUUGAAGAGGACUGCAUAUCUUCUGUCCCUUCUUAUAUGGCUCUUAACCCCUCAUCUCCUUGCACUUAUCUCAGUCCUGGCAUGCCACCAUACAUGCCUCAUGGCCCCCUUACUACUGCCUUAUCAACUGGUAGUUCUGGAAUAUUUGGUGGGAACAUUCUUCUUGGUUCUGAACUUCAGGCACAAGAAUUGGAAUACCAAGGAGAAAAUGGAAGAAUGUAUUGUACAGAUUCAAUUCAGCGGGUGUUUAACCCUCCAGACCUUCAGGCUCUUGGCACUGAGAGUCAGCAACUAGUACCAGGGGCUGGAAGUUCUGCCAGUCUACCAGAAAUCUCAAACUUAGAGGACUCCUCCUUCAAGGUUGGAAAACUUUCUGUUGAGCAAAGGAAAGAAAAGAUCAAUAGAUACAUGAAGAAAAGAAAUGAAAGAAACUUCAGCAAGAAAAUUAAGUAUGCCUGCCGCAAAACUCUGGCAGAUAGCCGACCUCGAGUCAGAGGAAGGUUUGCAAAGAAUGAUGACUUUGGGGAAACCAAUAGAACUACAAGUAGCAAUCAUGAAGAAGAUGAUGAAGAAGAAGUAGUUGUGAAAGAUGAAGAUGAUAUGGUUGAUUCCUCAGAUAUCUUUGCUCAUAUCAGUGGGGUGAACUCCUUCAAAUGCAACUAUUCCUUCCAGUCCUGGAUUUGACUUAAUAGUUUGAUCAGUAUACCUACAUUUAGCUUGUGUAGAUUUUUUGCAUGGCCAUAGACCACCCCAGUUUUCUCAUAUCUGGUUUUGAUGGAUGAGGAAACUGAAUAAUUAGGGUCCUAAUACUAUACAAUAAGUGAAUGAAGAACAUUUAGAAAGAAACUGUAUACAUUUUUUGCAGACACUAUUUCUUACUACUUAAAUGUAUUAAGAAUCACAUGUUGUAUUAACUUUGUCUCCAUGUACUAGUGGAGCUCAUUCAUGUACUCUCUUUUAUAAUAUAGUGAUGAGGAACUAGUUUUGGUUA